UUAAGUAGCAAUUUUCUUUUUCUUCCUCAUCACAAAGAAGCGGGAAAUAAGCCCUCUCCGUGUGAAGGGAAAACCUCGAUUCAGCUCACGCCAAUGGCGCCAGUGUUGCAGAGCUCUCAGCCAUGGGUGGAAAAAUAUCGACCGAAGCAAGUGAAGGACGUUGCCCACCAGGAUGAGGUCGUUCGAGUUCUCACCAAUACUCUCGAGACAACAAAUUGUCCGCACAUGCUAUUUUAUGGGCCCCCGGGCACCGGAAAAACAACUACAGCUCUUGCCAUUGCUCAUCAGCUUUUCGGACCUGAGUUAUACAAGUCUAGAGUACUGGAGCUGAAUGCUAGUGAUGAUCGUGGAAUCAAUGUUGUCCGCACAAAAAUUAAGAACUUUGCUGCUGUUGCUGUUGGUUCUGCUCGCCAGGGUGGUUAUCCUUGCCCACCUUAUAAAAUUAUAAUCCUUGACGAGGCAGAUUCAAUGACUGAAGAUGCUCAGAAUGCCUUGAGGCGCACCAUGGAGACAUACUCCAAAGUUACAAGAUUCUUCUUCAUUUGUAAUUACAUCAGCAGGAUUAUAGAGCCCCUUGCAUCUAGGUGUGCGAAAUUCAGGUUCAAGCCACUAACAGAAGAAAUCAUGAGCAAUCGCAUAUUAUAUAUUUGCAAGGAGGAAGGUCUUAACUUGGAUUCUGAGGCUCUUUCAACAUUAAGUUCUAUUUCUCAAGGUGAUCUGCGCCGGGCUAUAACAUAUUUACAAGGUGCUGCUCGCUUAUUUGGUUCUUCAAUUUCAUCCAAGGAUUUAAUUAGUGUGUCCGGUGUAAUCCCUGAAGAAGUUAUGCAGGCUCUCUUUUCUGCUUGCAGAAGUGGUAAUUUUGACGUGGCAGACAAGGAAGUAAAAAAUGUAAUUGCUGAAGGAUAUCCAGUUUCUCAGAUGCUUUCUCAGUUAUAUGAUGUAGUUGUUGAAUCAGAAGAUUUAUCAGAUGUGCAGAAAGCAAAAAUAUGCAAGAAAUUUGCUGAGGCAGACAAGUGUCUUGUAGAUGGAGCAGAUGAGUAUUUGCAACUGUUGGAUGUGGCUAGCAAUAUCAUACGUGCAAUUAGUAAUAUGCCACAAGAAUUUUCCUUUGGGAGCUAGACAUGCAGGUCAUUGAGGAUGUUGUCAAAUUCCUACUCCAAGAAACAAAUGGUCAAGGAAUUUAUGCUGGAAAAUCCAUUUAGUUUCCUGUGUAAUCAUGAAUUUCUUUCAUGCUCGGUAUUGCUUAAGCUACAAAUUUCAUAUGCAUGUGCAGAUUCUGUUAUGUACAUUGACAAUGUAUUAAGCUGUUGCCAACCUUCUACAAGCCAUUGUUGCCGUUUCAUGCUCCUGUGCUAGAGGCACGUAUGCUUUGUGCAAUGUCUAUCUUGAA